AUGUAUUUCCUCUCGGUAUCAGCCCUAACUAUUGUCAUACCGGUGAGCUACGUGCUCUUCCAUCUGGGUUACAACCUCUUCUUCCAUCCGCUCCGUGGAUACCCUGGCCCGCUGCUAUGGCGAGCCAGCUCUCUGCCCUGGAAGAUCGCAUUGCUCCGGGGCACAAUGCACCAUGACCUAAUGCGUUAUCAUCAGAAGUACGGCGAUACUGUUCGGAUUAAGCCCGAUGAGAUUAGCUACGCAAAUGCCCAAGCCUGGCGCGACAUCCACGCUCAUGUGCCAGGACGACCGGAGUUCCUCAAGGACCCCGUACGCCUCCCAUUAGCACCCAACGGAGUCAUGAGUAUCCUAGUCUCCGAUACGCGGAACCAUGCACGGUUCCGUAGUCUGUUCGGCCAUGCAUUCAGCGACAAGGGUCUUCGCACCCAGGAGUCCACCAUUGUGCAAUACGCCGACUUACUAGUUGACGUCCUGCGUGAGGUGGCCGACACGGGUCGUUCUGUGGAGAUGGUGUACUACUUCAAUAUGGCCAUCUUUGACUCCAUUGGAGCUCUGUCCUUCGGCGAAUCCUUCGACAGCCUGAAGAGCCGGCAGCUGCACCCAUGGGUUGACGCUAUCCACAAGAAUCUCAAGAGUGUGGCCAUUUCACACGUUCUGCGCAGUAUGGGCAUCGAGUUCCUCACCCCCUACGUGCUGCCCAAGGAGCUCCGGGGUAAACGCCAGGAAAACUACAACUACGCUGUGGAGAAGCUAAACAAGCGGAUGAAAAUGGAAGGUGACCAGGGCGACUUCUGGGACAAGGUUCUCGUCAAGAGUGCCGACGAAAACCAGCGUGGGGAUGGCAUGAGCGCUGGCGAGAUGCUCAAUAACGCUGCCGUCAUGGUCGUCGCAGGGUCUGAGACCACAGCCUCGGCGCUCAGCGGCUCGAUGUAUCUGCUGUGUUUGUCAGGCAAGAUCGAGAAAGCCACCGCGGAGAUCAGGAAGAGUUUUGCCUCCCCGGAGGAGAUUGACUUGAUCUCCGUCUCGCAUCUGCCGUACCUUACUGCCGUCAUCGAUGAGACGCUGCGCAUGUAUCCAGCCGUGCCCGGUCAACCCCCACGCGUGGUCCCCACUGGCGGAGCAACGGUUUGUGGCCAGUUUGUUCCUGCAGAGACGAGGGUCGGUGUUAGUCAUCUCGGCGCCUACUUUGCCGACUACAACUUUACUCACGCCGACAAGUUCAUCCCCGAGCGACAUCUGCAGAAGACGGAGGAACCGUACAAGUACGACAACUAUGGCGCCUACCAGCCUGGUCUGUUGGACUGCGGAACUCUCCUGUGGCAUUUUGAUUUUACUCUCGAUAUGGGCAAGACUGGGAACUUCCUCGAUCAGAAGAUCUGGUCUAUCUGGGCCAAACGAGAGCUUUACAUGUCUAUUAAGUCCAGGGACACUUCUUGUUCUUGGCCCAGUACUUCCAAUAGUCCACAGUGA